CUUGGCUUAAACGGGAGUAAGAGAGACGUUUUUGUUUUUUGUGCGUUUUCUUCAUGGCUAAAACAUGCAGAAUUCCAAGGCCAAAAUGGACGAAUUCAAGAGCAAAUUCUUGGACAUAUUGCACAAACAGACGAACCGUCAAAUGAAAAUUCCUGCCAUGGGCUUUUCGGAUUAUUUCAUUCAAACGGUGACAACAGAUACCUCGCCCAGGCACGAAGCGGACGCCACAGACGCGGCGUCUAACUCUGCCGGAGAGUCGAACGCACAAAAGUCCGACCAGGAGAUCCUAGAAGGUAUCGAGCAGUGCUACUACAGCCCCGACAGCAAUCCACAGCUGUACGAGCUCAAGAAAGUUCUCAAUUAUGGCAUAGACAACGAGCUUAUCGAGGUCACAAUUGCACAACUGCGCACACAGCAGAAAGUUCUCACCAAGCAAGUGCUGCAAAACAUCCUGGAGCAGCGAAAUGCCUGCAGCAGCGAGUUCGCGGCUAUCAACGACACCCAAAAAAAGCUUGAGGAGUCGCUGUGGACGUGUCAGAAGGCGAGAUCCUACUUGAAUUUUGCCCGCACGAACCUGACAACCACCAGUCUAGAGAUCCUGGCAAGCUAUCGCAAGCGGGAGGUGCUUAAGGAGGUGUUGGACACACUGGUGGCAAUCAAAAAACUGAGAACCACAGACGUGGAGGUACAGAAACUGCUGGCGGAUCACAACUACAGCGCUGCCAUCGCCCUGCUGCUCCAAUGCAAGAGCUCCGCUGAGGCCUAUAUGCAGUUUAACUGCGUGCAAUCGCUCUCUAAAAAGCUGCAGGAGACCAUGCUUCUCAUGGAAUUUCAGCUGGACACAGUGCUUAAUGAGAUGGUACUUGGUUUUGAUGCGCGCAAAUACGCCAAGCUGCAGGAAGCUUACAAGCUGGCCAACAAGUCUUUAAUGGCUAUGGAUCAGUUGCACAUCAACUACAUAUCGGCCAUUCACUCGUCCGUGAACGCCGUGCUGCGUGGCUACAGCGAUCCCGGCCAGGAUGAUCAGGCCAAGCCGCUUUACGAGCAGCUCUGCGAACAGCUAAGCGUCGACAAGCUGCUUCCGUGCCUGAUCAGUCUGUGCAAGACCUUCUGGACCAUCCUGGCCUCCUACUACCAGGUUGUUAUGUGGCACAACAACUACAAGUUAUACGGCCAGGAAGAGGAGGAUUCCCCGGACGUUUAUAUCCAGCAGAAGCUGAAGAAGGGACAGUCCCGGGUGUGGAACGACAUCCUGACCAAGGUUUGCCUGUUUCUACAGGCAGCUAAAUUGACGACGCUUAAAUACGACCAGUUCAUUCAAGUACUGUCCGUGGUGCAGCGAUUGAAAAAAGUUGGUCAAGAGUUCUGCGGCGAGCAGUCGGAGAAACUAAUCGAGACAAUGCAGCAGCAGAGCGAGGAGUUCUUCCGGCGCUACCACAUCUGCUGCGUGGAGGAAAUUUGUUUGUUUCUGGAUAACGAGAGUUGGACGCAGGUAGACUCGUUUGCGCACAUUCUUCAAUUGCCUGAAUUCCGAUCGGUGCGGCACACUCUUAGACGGCACAAAUCCCCGACUACAGCUUUGUUAACCUCAUCAAACAACUCCCCAAUAAGCAAUAAUAACUGCGACGAGCUGGUUUCCGUGCACUCCCAAGAUGGUGGCAGCUCCAUUUAUGGUUCCUAUGGAUAUUUUCUUCGAUUCUCUGAAAAGAGUUCACCCUUUGACGGAGGACUGGAUGCGGCCAUGCUGGAGGAGGACAUCCUGUCCGGUAUAGUGGACGAAGCCUCCUGUUAUUUCAGCGAAGAGAGUGAUGACGAGCAGAAGAGUUUGCAAAGCAAGGAGUUUGACGACACCACCAAUCAACUGCUGGUUAACAACACCGCUCUCAAUGUACUGCGCUGUAUUGGUCGUUAUCUCCAAAUGUGCAAGCUCUUGCACUGCAUCUCCCCCAAGAUUGUUUCCUGUAUGCUGGAGUUGAUCGACUUUUAUGCAUAUGCUGUGCACGAAAUUUUUGGAAAGGAUGCGCCGGUAGCAACAGAUAAUAUGUAUACUCCUCGUUUGGAGCAACGGUUGCGCUCGGUGGAAACGAACAUCCUAUCUCAAAUUAAGUUAUGGCCACUGAAUUUUUCCUCACUGGCCAACAACGAACUGGCUAAUCCGGACACACUUUACGGCCUGUCGCAGCGCAUCGUGGCCGUGGAGGCGGGACGCAGCAUGCUCCAACAGUUCCAUAUCCUACAGCACUAUCUCAACCACCUGCUUCCCCAUGCAGAGCGUCCAUUGCUCUCCAACUACCUGGAGUACAGCGAUUAUAUGCUGGAUCUGGCCAAACCUGUUUAUACGUGCGUCACAUCCCGCGUCAUCGAUUUGUCAGCCAUUCUGGCUCAGAUGGCCAAGGUCAAGUGGGAUGUGAAUCAUGUGAUACACCAGCACAGCAGCUACAGCGACGUACUAAAUAGGAACAUACAAAGCUUUGCCAUGUGUCUGGAGGAGAUCGCAAAGGAUGUACCGGUGCCCAGCAAACACGUGUGGAAUUCCAUGGCCCAUGUAGCGACGCAUCUGCUGGUGGAAGGCUUUUCGAAUGUAAAGAAAUGCUCAGCUGGAGGACGUGCUCUGAUGCAGCUGGACUUUGCAAACUCCAUGUCGUUCCUCGAGCUCAUCUCGAAUCAAAAGUACCCCCAGCAUCGCUCUUACGUGGAUGUGUUCAUCAAGACGUACUACUUUGCGCCAGAGCAGUUCGAACAGUGGAUUGAACAGCAGCGCCUUGGCGACGAGUACUCCGUUAAGCAGCUGACCAGCCUUAUUCAGUGCAUUUGCGUAAGCGACAAACGCACAAGGCAAAGGUUGCUGCAAUUGCUCGAUACGGGAUUACCUAAUGGGAUAGCCACAUCGACGACGCCGGUAACCACGCCGCAGAAGAACAACCAUGGAUCCGUAACUGGCUCAAAUCUUAGCAGCGUUAUCUGAGUUCCCUCAAAUUAUUAUUUUUUUAUAUUUAUUUUGUUAUAACCCCGGGCUAACCUUGUUAGUAGAUCAAUCUCGUGACAUUCUCUAAGUGUAUUUAACAUUCCGUUUAGUGCAAAUUAACAUUGUGUUUAGGCUAAAGAUUAUACCUAAGUUAUACAGGCGAUCUCCGUGAAGUACUUCGUUUCAAAUUUCGAAUCUCCCAAACCUCCUCUUAAGUGCAAUCUCCUCUCUUUUUCGCUCUCUCAGAUGCAACGCAAUUGGCAACCUUAGUAAUUAAAAAUUAACAAUUGGUUAAUCUUUCACCGUGACUUAAGUACCUAGAGAAAGCAGACAUAUAUACACACAAAACACGUAUAGUUAAGAUGCAUAAAUACCUAUUUAUUUUACUACCUAUUUGUAAUAUUUAUUUGCAGCAGGAAACGGACAAAUAAUUGUAAAACAACUCAAAUGUAAUGGGCGUCACAUCAAUUUGAUUUGCACUCCACCCACGAAUACACACCAUUAACUAUUUAGUAACUGUAUCAAACUAACAAAGAUUACAUAUUUUGAGAUAUGCAUAUUACAAAAAGUG